CAAUGUCAAAUCACAUCGUGCACCUAUAUAAAAGCACAAGGAUACCAUCAGACUGAGUACAAAGGAACGAGCAACUUCCUCACAAACCCCCUUCCCGGCAGUACCACACACAUGGACAAUCUCUACACAUCGGUAUUCGGGAGGAUGACAUGGAAUCGACGGAAUAAACAGAAACAGAAACGAGCAAGGCCUGCCCCGACACAUUCCCUAGCCGUGAAGCUCCUAGCCGACAUAUCCUCCUCAUCCACCACAUCUAUCUCCUCUACCACCUCUACUCCCCCCUUCCUGAACUCCCCCCUCCCCAACCCCCAACUCACCUCCCCCCUCUUCUCCCUCCUCCCCCCCGAACUCCGCAACCGCAUCUUCUCCCUCUCCCUCUCCGAACACGCCCUCUCCUCCCUCCCCGUCCCCUUCCACUCCUUCGCCUACCGCCCCGCGCACGCGCACGCGAAGGGCUAUAGUGGGUUCGGGUUGGUGCGAAGCUGUAAAAGGGUUUAUUUGGAGACAUGGGGGUUGGUUGUGAGUGGGGUUGAGUUUAGGGAUUGGGUGUGUUGGGAGGAUCGGAUCCCGAGGGGGGUUAGCACCGCCACUCCGAGUGGAGAAACUGUGGGUGCGGGAGAGGGAGUCGGAGAGGGAACGGUGGUGGUACAUGAAGGAAGUCUGAGGGGAUCGAAGAGGUUUGAGCGGAUGACGGUCGAGCAGCGCGAUUUCGUCCGCACGAUCCAUAUCUUCGCGCAACAAUACGAGCUCGAGAAACCGAGCUGGUCGAUGCAAGUCCUCGGUCGGCACGCCUACAACCCUUCCUCCUCUUCUUCAUCUUCUUCGUCAGACCUCAACGUCGACGCAGUCAGACCCCGAAAGGUGAUCAUCGCCGUUCGCUUCAACGACUGGUGGGGCUGGUCCGGCGACACGACAUUGAGUAUGGGAGAGCCCGAGUAUGGAGAGGCCUGGAGGGAGGGAUUCAGGGCGUUUGGUGAGAGGCUGGAGGAGGUGCAGAUUGAGAUGGAGACGAUCGAGGAGAGGAAGGGGGAGUUGGAGGAGAUCGUGCAGGAGAUGAGGGGGUGGAGGAUACCGGUUGGUUGUGUGGAGACGGAGGGAAGGGAAGGGAAGAUGCUCGUGAUGAGUGAUGAGGUGAGGAGGGAAGUUUGGGAGGGAUCGAGGUUUUGUGUGGAUGAGGAGGAGCCGGAGGAAGGAACAGAGCUGCAGAAAUAUGGCGUGUAUACGGUGAGGUGGAAGGCUGUAACUUAG